CAAUCAGAGUGCGAUAGUCAAGAACUCAGCAUUCAGGAGCACAGGCGUGACUCCCAUCUCUAAUCAAGAUCAUUCGUGCCGUGAUCCGGAUACUCUUGUCACACCACCCGCUGAUAAGCGCUGCCUGUUUUCUACAUACGACCAAAGCGCUGCAAUCACAAGUCCGGCACCAACUCCACGCUAGGAGGACGACAGAGCGUUACCUCGUACUCACGAGAAGCUCGGUGGCGCGAUGGGUGCACUGCUGUCGAUACCCCUCGUGGGCGUCGGUGGUUCUCUUCUAACUUCAGCAAUCACCGGUCUAACCUUUUGCUGCGCUUCGACAGCAGCUUCGUCCCUGUUCAAAUCAUGCAACUGCCAAUCGAGCAUCGCGACCAGGAUCGCGUUCGCCCUCAUCUUCACUUUGGAUGCUGUUUUGGCUUGGAUCAGUCUGAACGGCUUUAUCGUCAAGAAGAUCGAGGAUUGGAGUGGAGGUUAUUUGCGCAUGGAUUGCUCGGCUGAUAGGGAUAGAUGCUACGGCGUAUUGGCUGUGCACCGCAUCACUUUUGCCCUCUCGCUCUUUCACUGCAUCCUCGGCUUGCUACUGAUCGGCGUCAACGACACGCGCAACAAGAGAGCCGCCAUCCAGAACGGCUGGUGGGGUCCAAAGGUGCUGCUUUGGCUCUCCUUGAUUGGUCUCACCUUCCUCAUUCCCAACGGCUUCUUCAUCAUCUGGGCCAACUACUUUGCCCUCAUUCUCUCCUUCGUCUUCAUCCUGCUCGGACUUGUGCUGCUCAUUGACUUUGCCCACACCUGGUCAGAGACAUGUCUGGACAAGUGGGAGACAACGCAGGCUCCAUUCUGGAAGUACACCUUGAUUGGCAGCACGCUGGGCAUGUACGUCGCAGUGCUGGUCAUGACGGGCAUCCUGUACGGCUACUUUACUGGUAACGGAUGUGGGCUCAACAUCACCUUCAUCACCCUCAACCUCUUCGGUAUCAUUGUGCUCACGGCACUCUGCGUUUCGCCGGCAGUUCAAGAAGCCAAUCCAAGGUCUGGCUUGGCACAAAGCAGUAUAGUGGCGGCAUACACCACCUACCUGGUUUCCUCCGCAGUCAUGAACCACGACGAUGCACACUGCAACCCCAUCACCAGAGGCCGCUCGAUUGGCCCUGCCAAGCCGAUGACGGUCGCGCUGGGAGCGCUCUUCACCUUCCUGGCUAUAGCUUACAGCACCUCUCGCGCAGCCACCCAGUCCAAGGCGCUCGUUGGCGCACGCAAAGCCAAGGCGAACCGCAACGCCCCUCCGAGCGGAUACGGUCCUUUGGCAACGACCGACCCAGAAGCUGCGAGCAGUGGCACAGACGCCAUUACUUCGCAGCCCGCUCGCAAAGACGACUUGAAGAUUCAAGCACUUCGCGCUGCUGUCGAGGCUGGAAGCUUGCCCGCUAGCGCUCUGGAGGAUAGCGAUGACGAGGAUGAUGACGACUAUGGAGAUGGAGGCUUAUCCAGCGGAGACAAUGACGACGAGAAGAAUGGAACGCGGUACUCAUACGCCUUCUUCCACUUCAUUUUUGCUAUCGCUGCAUGCUAUGUGGCCAUGCUGCUGACUGAUUGGCGCAUCGUCAAGGUUGGAGGACCCUCAGCUGAUCCCUCUGAAGACGGAGCCCCCGUGGUGUGGAUUGGCCGAUCACCCACAGCCAUGUGGAUGCGAGUCGUCAGCUCUUGGCUAUGCUCCGUGCUUUACGCCUGGAGCCUCAUUGCGCCAGUCCUGAUGCCUGAGCGCUUCGGCUCCGACUAAGCCUGGCCGCGCGUUUUUGCUGACACGUUACGAGGUCAGCCUCAUUCUCAUCAGAACUUUACGUACUUAAUGCAUCUAUUAACGAGGCCGUGGCUUUGGCAGACGAUCGGGACUCUGCUCGAGACUCAUUUCUGCCCAUCUCGACAAGGACUACACAUUUGAGACCUUGACUCGCACCGGCGAUCUCGCUUUCAUUAUCAUCACGUGCUGCGCCAACGGCGAAUGGUUGAUUGUUGAUGUUUCUUCACCUCGGGCCAGAUCGAGAGACC